UAUAGUUUGUAAGCAAAUUAUGUGAUCAAUUCAUUUUACGAAAUGAGACAAGUCUAGAAUCGAUAUGCUUGUUUUCUGGAAACAAAUGUGUUUGUGUAUCAUAAAUUAAGGGAUUGCGUAAAAGAAUGAAGUCAUUUAUCUUUUGAAACAUUGAACCAACAUGGCGUCGGCCCGUUGCCAAACGGCGUCUUUUGAUGACGAAGUUUCGGGACGUGGAGUUAUCAUCAGAUCAUCAGCAAAUGAGGACUCUUUAUCAUAUUUUGCGGACGGAAAACACACAGCAGUUUUGUUGAAAGGCAUCCCCGAAAACGUUCACGAGGAAUUCAUUGAAAUGUUCUUCGAGAACAACAAGAACUUUACAGAUGUAACGGUGUACUCUGUUUGUAUAGACAGAGAUGCUAGAACAGCUAUAGUCAAGUUUAAGGACAAGCGAGCUGCCGAUGUCGUUUUGGAAAAAGAAUGUAUCAUCAUGAAGCGUGCAAAUGUGCAUAUUGAAUCGUAUCGCCCCGAGCAACAAACACAAGAUGUAACACAAGCUGAAAAAAAUACGGAACUGCCUAGAGUUGUUCUGAAAGAUUUGCCCAAUGCUGUAGACCGAGAGGAUAUAGAAAUGUUGUUAUGUAGCGAGAAACGUGUUGGAAAUAUAGAAGUGGUUGACAUUGACUAUAAUGACAAUAAUUCCAUCGCUGUUGUGACACUUGGAAAUCAGGAGUUACUUGAUACACUACUUGCAAAAAGUCCUUUGACAAUAUUCGGGGGAAAUGUUUAUGUCGUAUUACAUGAGUCAAUGGAACAGCCAAAGAUUCUUGUCUCAAGACUACCUGAAAAUGAAGAUUACGAAGACGUCGAAAUGUUUUUUGAAAAUAGACACAAAUUUGGAGACAUAAAACCUUUGGAUAUUGAGUUCAACGAAGGGGAUCAUUCGGCUAUUUUAACAUAUGAUACAGAAUCAAGUGCUUCUUUUGUUGUCAAUCGGUGCCCAUUAAAAUGCGUGGAAGGCAAUUGCUACUAAAAAAGCUGCCGAUAGAUGAAACUAUGGGUUCAGACGAAAUGAUAGCUGAUAGUAUAAUCGAUAAAGCACAAACACAACUUCUUGUAGAAAAUAUUCCUAAAGAUGUUGACAAGGAGUUUGUUGAGAUGUUCUUUGAAUCAAAGAGAUUUAAGUCCUGUGGGGUGAUUGAUGUUGAUUUCGAUGAGAAAGAUAGAAAUGCUCUCGUCCGAUUUGCAAAACCAGAAGACGCACAGAUGGUAUUGGAAUCCCGUCCACUUUUUCUGAGAAACAAGGAAUUGUCGGUUCAAAUCUACGUAGCCAAGCCCCUAGACACGAUCAUGAUCAAAGAGCCGGCCGACGUUGUUAACGAAAACUCGUUAGACAUAUUAGAGCUUUACUUUGACAACGAGAACAAAUCUGGAGGCAGCGGUAUCGUAGAAAGCAAAACUACAUUUGACUCUGAAAACAAAAUUGCGUUUGUGACAUAUAAAGAGCAAAUAGUUGCUGAGAGGGUGGCUCCACGACAGAAUCAUUACCUAAGAAAGAAACAACUUCAUGUCACACUAUUCAGGCCAACACGAUUUACAAACUGUCAAACACUAACUCGUGACCCACACAAACAACUGAAUAAGACGAUACGUGUCCGUGGGAUGAAGGCGAUAAGUAAAAGGGAAUCUGUCAAAAGGUAUUUCGAAAACAGUACUAGGUCUGGAGGUGGAGAUAUUGAAGCGGGAUACACAGAUAGGGAGGACGAUGAUACAGUCUACAUUACAUUUAAGGAGGAAACCGUUGCUAAAGCUGUAGCAGACCGUGAACAUCACGUUGUGGAUGGAGUUGACCUUACGGUAUCUCUAAACUCUCCGGACGUUCAAACGCCUUGCUACAUGAACAAGAUACUAAGGGCUGAACAAAAACAUAACAGAGAGCCUACUUGGACUAUAUUUAGAAGCUAGAGCUAACUAUGCACUUGUAAAUGGAAGUCUUACCUACCACGCUGUCCGUGAUGAUGUUGCUUUAGUAACAAUAGAGCAAGAUAAAG